AUGACCGGGAGUCGGCUCAAGUGGGCGCGCGUCAACCAGGACUCCAUUGCGGGUCCCGGGAAGGCGGGCACCCGACACCAGUGCGUGGAGGCCGCACGGACGGCCCUGCAGGCAGACACCAGCGUGAUCGUGGACCGCUGCAACCCCAACCCCAAGCAGCGCGAGGAUUUCUGCCGGCUAGCCGGGGAGCUGGGCGUCCAGGCGCACUGCGUGGUCCUGGACCUCCCCCACAAGACCUGCGUGGAGCGCGUGCUCCGUCGCACGGCGCACGAGGGGGGCUUUCAGGGCGUUGAGCACGCCAAGCACGUCGGGGCGAUGCACCGCCUUCUGACUGCCGCGGGGCCCCCAGGCCCGAAGGAGGGCAUGCGCAGCGUGAUCACCUGCCGAAACCCCGCCGAGGCGGCGGUGGCGCUGUCUGUUUGGAAAGGGUGGGACGGGCGUGCCGACCCUGGCGCCGAGUGGCUCGCCCGCCGCCCGCCGCCGCCCGCCGACUGCGGCUUCGAGUUCUCGGCGUUCUCGCGCUCCGCGGCGGGCAGGGCGCUGGUGUCGGCCGCGCGCGAUCCCACCCGAGCCACAGGGACGGACGUCAUCUUCCAUGAUGAGCUCUGCGUGGGUGUGCUCGACAAGUACCCCAAGGCCAGGGCGCAUGCCCUCGUCCUCGCCAGAGAGCCGGAUCUCCUGUCGGUGCACGAUCUCAGGCAGCGCCACGUCUCGCUCCUCAGACACAUGCUGGAGAGGGCACGCGGGUGGAGUGCAGCCAGGGCAGCCGAGGACCCCAGCCUGCCGGCCUUCAGGUGUGGCUUUCACGCGCUGCCGUCCAUGCCCCAGCUUCACCUGCACGUCAUCUCCCAGGACUUUGACAGCCCUUGCUUGAAGACCAAGCAGCACUACAACUCCUUCACCACCCCCUUCUUCCUGGACGCGGAGCGGUGGGUCAUCCCGCGGCUGCAGGCAGGGGGCCGUCUGAGCGCCCAGGACCUUCGGGGUGCAGCAGAGCACAUCAGGCGCCCCCUGGCCUGCCACCGGGUGCUUGGCUGGGUGCUGAGCCGCGUGGCUCGAUCCAAGCACGUCAGACUGUCUCUGGGAAGCAUUUACUUUUUCGGCAUCGAAGACCUGAAGCUGAGCCUCCUCAAGGGGCCCAUCCCUUUGACCGUGAGGAUAGGCAAGAUCGUGCUCUGGCCAGCCGAUGCCACGUCGGAGACGGGGGUGCUCAGCCUCCUGACUGGGGGCCUGCCCCGCAUCCCGCUGCUCCUGCGAGACGUGCGCGUCCUGCUCGAGGCGGGCCAAUGCACCGACAGGCCAGACAGGAGCGCCCCCGGGACCGAUGCGCCGCCCAAGCCCCAGCCGGGCGGUGGCGGCCGUGGGGCCCUGUCGCGCGCCGUUUCUCUUCUCCAGUUCCUGGCCAUCCACGUAGAGGACCUGACCAUCAGCGAUGCGGGCAAGCCCGUGCUGAGCUGGGCGGCGGCGGCGGUCGGCGUCGAGCGCGGCGCGCCUGCCCCGGCGCUGCCCACGCAGGCCGUCGCGGCGCUGAGGCCGCCGCGCGAUGCGGGCGUGGGGCGCAGCUGCAGCCAGCCGGGGCUGUUUGCGGACGAGGGCCCUGGCGCUGCCCCCGUCCCGCGCACGAAGGCCUGGCUGGCGGUCCACGGCCCCCUGCUGGCAGGCGCCGCGACGCAGCGCCAGCUCUGGGACUCGGCCACGGCGGCGCCAUUCGUGGCACUGGACAGCCUGGCGGUGUCCGGGCCGAUGCUGUUGGCCAAGCAGGCCACAGCAAAGCCGGAGACACGGCCACGCCCCUGGCAGUGCGGGGCGCACGCCGCCACCAUCCUCGACGUCAGCGUCAAGGGCACAAAGGCGCCCGUCAAGGUGUACACCGACGCGCUGCUGCAGGGAUCGGGCCUGCAGAUCUUGCACGGCCCCGGCAUGGAACCUGCGCUGGCCAUGAUGGCGCUGGCGGGCAAGCGCCUGGCGCCCAGCGACCCGGACAAGUCCCUCCCACGCCCGCCGCCCAUCCCCUGGUGGGACGACCUGCGCUACAUGUGGCGCGGGCGCGCAGGUCUGGAGGUCGCGGGCCUGCGCCUGACCCUGGCGGCCGACCGCCGCGCCGGCCCGGGCCCGGACUCGGCACGGCUGGUCUUGGCCGCCCACCGCGUCGGCGCUGAGCUGGCGGAGGGCGUGGCGGAGCUGAGGCUGGCGGGCCUGGCCGUGGACGCCUUUGAGGCGGUGGGACUGGACGGCCCCGCCGGCGGCUUGCUGCGCCUGCCCAUGCUGGCCGUGCCGGCGCUGACGCUGCGCCUGGAGGCGGGGUGGCGGCUGCCCGGCGGCCGUACCCCCCGGCAGCACCACCUCUUCCCCCCGACCCCGCCCCUGGACGGCGUCCAGGGGCCCCGCCUGCCGGGUGAACUGUACAAGUCCGAGGCCCUGGACCUGGGCAUCACCGCCGACCUGGGCGGCAGCGCUGCGCAGAGCGCCGUGGUCUACCUCGGCGAUCACCAGAUCCAGUUCCUGAGGACCUGGAUCGCGCUGUUGAGAAUGCCAGACCCUGCCGUCCGCGCCGUGGUCCGGCGCGGCACUUUCUUCGUGCGCAAGCCCAAGGGCCUGCCUCCCAAGAAGAACCUGCCCAAGCUGCUGCGGGAGAUGAAGAUCCAGGUGUCGGCCUCCCCGCUGGAAAUCGUGCACUUCACCUGCGACGCCACCGACCCCUCCCACAACGUCUGCAUCUCGGCGGUGGGGGUGGAGUUUGGCGCGAGCUGGCUCUUCAACCAGCCCAUUCCCUCCUUCCUCAAGCCACCGCCCCACGCCGCGAAAAGGCCCCCCCCCACGCGCACGAUCAGCCGCGAUUUCCUGGUGACGGCGCGUGACGUGGGUGUGCGCCGCGGCGGCGACCCGGCUCCUCCUGGGGAUGGCAAGGCCGCCUUGGAGGGCCUGGGGGGCUCGCCCGACGCCAAGCUGCUGAUUGACGGUGCGGCGCGGGACGCUCUGUGGGGCGCCAUCGAGCACCUGAGCGCGGCGCAGACGCCGGCCGCCAGCAUGGCGUCGCCCGGAUCCUGGGCCUCCCCCUGCCCCGGCUCCAGCCUGCCGCGGCGCUCGGCGGCCGGGGGGGCGCCCAUGACGACGCCGCUGGACGAUGCCAACGCAAAGCUGCGCUACUCUGUGGAGGUCGUCAACCUGCAGAUCAACCUGGAGGCCCAGCAAGCACAGGGCCGAUUCCUGCUGGCGGCGGAGUCGGGGCUGCUGGAGGGCCUGACCCUGCCCCACAACACGAUGAGCAUCACCAAGCUGACCCUGGACCAGGUGCAGGCGUAUGUCUCCGCCACGUCGGUCGACCCCGGCGCGACGCCCGCCUGGCUGGACACGCACGGCGGCCGCUUCGCGCCGGGCGCGGAGCCCUCGCUGCGCCGGGUGUUCAACCCCAUCCACAUCGGCCUGCGCCACUCGCGCGUGACCCCGGGCGCGCACGCCGGCGGCGGGGGCGCGGCAAGCGCGCCGUCCCGCGUCACGCCGGGCCCCCGUUGCGGCGAGGGCGGCGCCCACCGCCGCACCUCCACCGCCCCCGGCUGGGGCCCCGCCAGCUUCACGGGCGCGGGGCCGCGCGGGGAGGAGCUGCUGCUCAGCGUUCCCCAGAUCGUGGCUACCAUGGAGGGCACGGAGUUCGAGGUCCUGGUGGAGGUGGUGGAGAUGCUGCUCAGCCAGGGGCCUGGCGUGGACACCGUCGGCGAGGAGGGGUCCCUGCUCGCGGCAGACUGUGCCGGGGACGAGGUGGAGGACGCGCGGCAGAGCUACGCCCUCCUCCGCCGCGAGCUGGCCGAGGCCCGGGCGCUGACGGUGGAGGGCCUGCUGCUGUGCUGGGCCGAGGAGCAGGAAGAAAGGGCAGCCACCACGCUCGAAGCUGCCCGCUCCAGCCUCCAGGACCUCAAGGCCGAGGCACGCAAGCGGCAGCAGAACCGGUUCGCGUCGCGGCUGCGCCUGCAGGUGGACCGCGUGGUGUGGCAGCUCUGCUCCCCCGGCCGCGAGCCCUUCGUCCAGGCCUCCAUCCGGCGCCUGUGCCUGGACCGCCUGCGCAACCGCGACCACUCCGGCUCCUUCAAGUUUGUCAUCCACCGCAUCGAGGUGCUGGAUGCGCUGGGCACGCUGGAGCCCGCCCCCGGCGUCGGCGCGGGCGUCAUCCUGUCGGUCUGGAACCCUGACGCCUCCUGGGCGCGUGACGACGUGCUCCGCCUCGUGGCCACGCUGGGCGUGCCCACCAAGGCGAGGCGGGGUGGUGAUGGAGAGGGAGGCGGGGGGAACCACACCGUGUAUGAGCACGUGGAUGCCUCGCUCCACCCUCUGGCGGUGCACCUUACCGAGUCCAUUGCUGUGGCCUUCUGGGAGUACUUCUUCCCCAAGGAGCCGGAUGCAGCCAAGCGGCAGGCAGCCUUCGCCCAGUCCUUCAAGCCCGCGCCGUCCAGGAAGGGGCACCGGCGCGCCCGCACCGCCCUUCCCAGUGAAGCUGAGGGUGGGAGCCUGGCGGGGGAGCUGUCGCAUGGCGAGGGAUCCGGGUCCUUCACGCCGCCGCCCCUAGGGGCUUGCGCCACGCCGCGCUCGGCGCCCAGCAAGCUGCACCGCCGCGGCACCUCCGAGGGCCAGGGCUCGCUGAGCAGGCAAGGCAGCGCCUCCCACGAUCUCACCAUCUCCCCCGAGAACUCGGUGGGCGGCGCGGGGUCGCCCCUCUUCGGCUCUGGCGGCCGACGCGGCGUCAGGCAGGCCUCCAUGUCGGCGGUGGUGCGCACCUCGCGCCGCUACCUGCGCCGCAUGGGCGGCGUGGGCGGGGAGGGGAGCAAGAGCGCGCGCCGGCCCUCCACAGCAGCCGCCCGGAAGCCGAGGUUCAAGCACUUCCGGACCAACCGCAUGCAUUGCCGGGUCACCUACGCCGGGUACCCCCUGACAUUCACCGACCUGAAACUGGUGCUGGACAACCGCACCUAUGAGAACUUUGAGGGCGGGUGGCGGGACCUGCUGGCGCGCAUCAAGUGGGACACAGUGAAGAGCGUGGCCAAGUCGGUCACGGGGCUCCAGGGCCGCAAAUUCAAGGAGCUCCUGUCAGACUCCGCCGCAGAGGUCGAGGUACCUGCCAAGCAGAAGACCGGGUCACACGGGAAGGGCCUGCUUGCCUCCCUGGGGCUGGGCAAGUCGAAGCACAGCAGGCAGUCGUCUGGGUCGGAGUCCGGCUCGAGCACCGUGCCCCUGACGGGGGAGCAGGCACAGACGGCGCACAAGGCUCGCAUGCUGUUCGGCGGGACCCAUGCCCUGAGCCGACCCCACCCGCCAGCCACCGCUGCGUCGUCGUCCUCGCAGCAUGCACAGCGCGGGCACACCCCAGACGCCAGUCCCCAGCGUGGAGGGGUGCCGCGCUCGCCCCCCUCGACCCAGCGGUCGGCGGGGUCCCUGGGCGGGGGCAUGGAGCCGGAACCCCUUUCCUCCGCGACGCACUCGGACGAGCACACGGCCGAGGCGCUGCUGGGGACGGGGGGCCAGCCCCAGGGAUGGGUGCAGAAAGUCGCCCAGAGGGCCCAGCACGGCGCCGCUCGCCUGCGGGAGUCCAUAUGA